AUGUUGAGGCUGGUGGUCGCUCUCUCGGCCGUGUUGGCCACUGGUUCGGCACAGACCGCCACUAACAGAUUCCCUGACGGUUUCAUGUUGGGCGCCGCCACGGCUGCCUAUCAGAUAGAAGGGGCCUGGAACGAGGAUGGUAAAGGAGAAAGCAUCCAGGACCAUUUUUACCAUAACCAUCCGCUACUCGGCCUAAACAGCACAGGGGACGUCGCUUGCGAUUCUUACCACAAGUAUAAGGAAGACGUGCAGAUGCUGAAGGGUAUAAACGCGGACGUGUACCGAUUCUCGAUAUCCUGGCCGCGUGUCCUUCCAACUGGAGAUCUUGACGUCAUCAACCAGGCUGGCAUCGACUACUAUAACAACCUCAUCAACGAGCUGCUCGCCAAUGGAAUUCAGCCUCUGGUGACGAUGUACCACUGGGACCUGCCGCAGGCGCUGCAGUACCUCGGGGGCUGGCCCAACGAGUUGAUGGUCGACUACUUUGUGGAGUACGCCAGGAUACUAUUCGAAAACUUUGGCGACAGGGUGAAAUGGUGGAUCACGUUCAACGAACCGGCCGUUUUCGUGAGUUGGUACGCGGCCGUAGGCAUGGCUCCCUCACAGAACGCUUCGGGCAUCGGCGACUACUUGUCCACCCACACACUGCUCAAGGCGCAUGCUCGCGUCUGGCACCUGUACGACGAGCAGUACAGAGCGACACAGAACGGUAGUGUGGGUAUCACACUGAAUAUUGAAGGUCUUGAGCCAGCAACUAAUUCGACAGAAGAUGCAGAAGCUAGCGACAGAGCCCGUCAGUUCCAGAUGGGCAUUUAUGCUCACCCCAUCUACAGUGCGGAAGGGGACUACCCGGCUGUGGUGAGAGAGAGGGUGGACGCCAACAGCGCAGCAGAGGGGAGACCGCGGUCCAGGCUGCCGUCCUUCACACAGGAAGAGGUCCAGUACAUCAGGGGAUCAGCAGACUUUAUUGGACUGAAUCACUACUCUACAGACUUCGUGACUUCUGGAGUGACUGGUAUAUCGCCCUCCAAAAACCGUGAUUCCGGCGUCAUCAGUUCAUAUAAUGAGGCAGUUCCCUGGGGAUUCCGAAGUUUGCUGAACUGGAUUGCUAACGAAUAUCCUGGAUAUCCGAUUAUUGUAACAGAGAAUGGUCUGAGGAAUUCAGGAGGACGGAACGACACUGACAGGAUCGACUACUAUAUCGGUUUCCUGGGAGCUCUUCUGGAAGCAGUGAACGUUGAUGGAGUUCCAGUGAUUGGGUACACGACGUGGACUCUUAUGGACAACGUGGAAUGGAGUUUGGGAACCAGGGCAAAGUUUGGUCUGUACCAGGUGGAUUUCAGCAGCCCAAACCUAACGAGAACGCCCAAGGAAUCGGCCGGCUUCAUAGCGGAAGUCUACGGGAGCAGAGAGCUGCCAGAGCAAUACUUCUGGUAG